AUGGCCAUAGAUCGCCAGUCGUUCGCCUCUACCGCCUCUGGCUCUGGCAAGAGCAAUGUGCUCGCAAAGAACCCGGACGACGUCGUCAUCGUCUCCGCUGCCCGCUCAGCUAUCACAAAGGGCAGGAAAGGAGGCUUCAAGGACACGCGCCCAGAAGAGAUCCUCUCUGGUGUAUUCCGCGCCGCAUACACCAAGGUCGGCCUCGACCCCGCACUCAUCGAGGACAUCACAGUCGGCAAUGUCCUCCAGCCUGGCAGCGGCGCCGGUACGGCGCGUAUGGCGGCGCUACAUGCGGCUAUUCCCUUCUCGACCCCCAUUAGCACGGUCAACAGGCAGUGUUCGUCGGGCUUGGCAGCGACGAACACCAUCGCAGCGCAGAUCAAGUCGGGUCAGAUUGACAUUGGUCUUGCCGCCGGUGUCGAAUCCAUGACUUUCGGCUACGGCGCGGGCGCAAACCCGGACGGCUUCUCCGAGGCCGUGCUCUCCUGCAAAGAGGCAGAGGACUGUCUCAUCCCGAUGGGCAUCACCUCUGAGAACGUCGCGCACGACUUCCACGUCUCGCGCGACGACCAGGAUGCCUUCGCCGCCUUGUCCUUCCAGAAGGCUGCCAAGGCGCAGAAGGAGGGCAGGUUCGUGCCCGAGAUCGUGCCCCUUACCGUGCCGUGGGUCGACCCCAAGACUGAGAAGGAGAGCACGACGGUCGUGGACCACGAUGACGGUGUCCGGGAUGGCGUCACGAAGGAGAGCCUCGCGAAGCUCAAGCCUGCGUUCUCGAAGGAUGGGUCAACGCAUGCAGGCAACGCCUCGCAAGUCUCCGACGGCGCCGCCGCGGUCAUCCUCGCGCGCCGCUCCGUCGCGCAGCGCCUCGGGCUCCCCAUUCUCGGCAAGUUUGUCGCCGCGGCCGCGAUCGGCGUGCCCCCGCGGAUCAUGGGCGUCGGCCCGCUCUACGCGAUCCCGAAGGCGCUCGCGAAGGCGGGGCUUGCGAAGGAGGACGUCGACUUCUUCGAGAUCAACGAGGCGUUCGCGAGCCAGGCGCUCUACUGCGUGCGCGAGCUCGGAAUUGACUUUGGCAAGGUGAACGUGUGGGGUGGCGCGAUUGCGUUGGGACACCCGCUGGGCUGCACUGGUGCGAGGCAGAUUGUGACGGGUCUGAACAUCGCGAAGCAGACGGGAGGCAAAAUUUUCGUGACGAGUAUGUGUAUCGGGUCGGGUAUGGGCAUGGCCGCGGUCUUCGUCAGCGAGCAGUAG